AUGGGUGAAAGGGUUGAGGUUAAGGUCAUGGGUGAAAGGGUUGAGGUUAAGGUCAUGGUUUUACUGGGUCAGGGUGACUGGGAUGUGACCUACUCCACUCAGAGUAUCUGUGUCUUGAAGGGGUCAACAGUGGAGCUGAGCUGCACCUACAAGUAUCCAGGUGGUCAUAAAGUCACAUCAACCUUCUGGUUCACUAAAAAUGAUGCUGAUGGGAAUCCUGUGAACCUGAGCGAUGACCCAGACUACAGAGGUCGUGUGACGUACCGCAGUGAUGAGAACAACAGACACACCCUGAUAAUCACAGACCUGAGAGAGAGUGACUCAGCUGAGUACAAGUUCAGUUUUAUUACAGAUCAGCCUGGAGGGAAAUGGAUUGGCAAUCCUGGAGUCACUCUGUCUUUUUCAGGUCUUCAGUUGGAGGAGACUGGUGGAGAAAUGAAGACACUGACCUGUAGAACCACCUGUCCUCUGACUGGUAACCCCACCUACAUCUGGUACAAGAACGGACGACAGAUAGAUGAGAGCUCCUCCCCCCAGUACAAACACCGCGUUACCUGGAUGCAUAUAUUCGGAGACUAUAGAGUGUUCAGGGUCAGUCCUGUAACAGAGUGA